CACCUGUCACGUGUGUUUGUGUCUGUGUCACAUGACGCAGCAUCUUCACCUCUCACACUCACUUCGUAUGUUUGCACGGAUUCUAAAAUGUCCCACAGUUUGGGACUGUGUGUGAAUGCAGCACAGAUGUUUUCGCGCCCCCACCGGUGAGUGAGGAGGAAGGUGUUCGUGGACAGAUCAGAAUAAAGACAGAGACAACACAGACCCUCCUGAGACUCGUCCCCGGAGGGACAACAAACACUGCGGCCAUGUUUCACGAGAAGUCCGCCUGGUUCUCGCGCAGUGUGCCGGAGACACGACACAACUACUGGAUACUUGAGGGGGGAACCGUUGCUGGUUGGAGGACGGCAGAUUUUCUUUUCAGCCAGGAUGCUACAUGUCCAGAUACUCUGAGGAUAUAUGAGAGCAGAGAUUACCUCUGGAACAAGGUGACGAUUUUUCACAGCUUGUUUCUGUCAGCCUGUGAGAAGCGUCAGAGCAUAAAGUCAGUGUGCAUUGGUCACUAUGUGCUGCCUCCAGCCUCCGUACAGGACGAAGUGAGGAAUGUAGUGGGGAGGUUGAUUUGGGAGUAUGAGGACGAGCUGUCAGUAACACAGCUGGGUUCUGUCCUACAGGGUUUUACACACAAUGAGUCCAGUGAAGAAGAAGUCAGCAGAAGCAAUUGUGAACCAUCUGACACAGAGUCAUCAGAGAGUGAAGGGAACGCGAGUGGUUAUUUGCAGGAUUAUCCAGAUAGAAACACGCUUACAGGUUAUGUCAGCAUGGAUGAGCUGCAGAGAUAUUCAGGGGAUCUGUGUGAUUUCCAUGCCGAGUGUUACCAUCGCUCCAACUGUUAAAUCUACACAAACAUGCACUAAGAGGAAAGCGUGUUGAAGAGGAACAAGUAGCAGUUGUGUUACUAUCAGCUGCAAGAUGUAGAUAAUGAUGUUAUUUAUUCUGCUUGAAUAACCUUCCUGUCUUAUAUGCAGUGUAUAAACUCACAUAAAAUAAAUUAAUGUGACACGGCAGAUCUCAUUUCAUCGUAU